AUGGCUACAUACGAAGACCCCCUUCUUGGUGAUGUCCAGGUAGAGAAAGGAACAGUCGCCUUUUCAGCUGGUUUGCACAGAUGGGCUUUUACUCUGACCAACUUUGCCAAGAUGUAUGCAUCCAAGUUUGGAGUUGAUGAAUCAAAGAUGAUGGAAAGGCUCUGGGGUGAGAACUACUUUGACCCACCUACCAAGAAAUGGACCAGCAAGAACACUGGUUCUGCUACCUGCAAGCAUGCUCGAAUUCUGGUUGAAUUCCUGGAGGUGGCAAUCACUUCAAUCGUUUUCCUCAAAGGAAUUUACCCUCCAGGUGCUUUAGAAAGAAGGAAAUAUAUGAAUUUGGUGGUUCAUAGCGCUCGUCACCCUGAACUCAGGGAUUAUAUCCAUUCUGCUGUCUCGGGACUUCAUCCUUUCAUCCAAAAGGGUCUGGUGGAGAGAGUAGCAGUUAUUUUCUUUAACAGUGAUAGCAUCCCCGUGGAAAGAUUUAUGUUUAAGCUCACUGUGAAUCUGUCUUAUGGCUCAAGGGUGGAAGAAGCUGACCUGGAGUUCUCACUAAGGUCCUUUUUUAUCAAGCUUCCUUUCUCAGAAUCCCUUACACGGGUUCUUCCCCAGGAUUGCAGGUGGGAGAUAACCGCGUACUUUCGAUCCCUGCCUCAGGCAUGUACAAGUAAGGAUGCAGAGUUAUGGAUUCCAACAGACACACAGCAAUGGCAACAGCCUCCAUUAAUAACUCCUAUUAAAUCGAUGAGGAGCGAACCUCUAUCUGUGCAGUUAUAUUUGGAACAUCCAGGUUUAUCUGAACCAAAGGCUUAA